GCGAUGUAUCAGCGCACGAGAGCGCGUCUUCACGAGUGUGAAUCAGUUGGAAAUACAUUGAAAAUAAUGAGCGACAAGUUGCAGUGGAUGUAUCGAUAUUCUGGAUAAUUCGUCGUGUGAUCAAACUUUGAUCGCCAAUGGAAUAUCGCCAAGUAUGAUCCGCGGUGGUGAUUUCAAGAACGAUUGAAAGACACGUGCACGGAUGAUUCGGAUGGACAUUUGCAGAUAAUAGAUUCGAAAGAAGCCUGUCUGGACACCCUAUAUAACGCUAUUUAUUCCGCAAGUACGUUCAUUCUAUUGCACUAUUGUACAUACGGUUUGUAGAGAGGAGGUGAAAAGAUAUAAGGUGUAGAAAGUGCAAAUAACAGAUUCAGAAUGAGGAAAUAAGAAAGUAGAUUGUCUUAAAAAUAGCAAGAGGUGUCACGUCAAAUUUUGGACGAAGAAAGUUUUUAAGUGAAUAAUAAGCAUUAAAAAAAAACCAUGACAGACGUGGAGAUUCCGAUGGGGGAUAUGCAGAUCCCGUCAGAAAAGCAGAAAGCCACGAAUGGAUUUGAAUUUCUUCAGCUUCCUCAGCUACCGCUUGGACAAAUAGGCUAUCCUCAAGCUCAACACUGGAUUGAACACAGAAAAGCCAAUGUUCGACCAUGGUCGCUAUUUCUUAACACAAGCAACAUUAGACCACCGCCUAAUAUAACAAGAUUGAGUAAACGAGUUGUGAAGAAUAUUGAAUAUUUCCAGAGCAAUUAUCUAUUUGUAUUUAUCGGAUUAGUAAUAUAUUGUUUGAUUACCUCACCUCUGUUAUUGUUGACGGUUAUUGCUUCUCUUGGAAUAUGUUAUAAACUCUCUCAGCGACAUUCUAAGCAAGAAUUAAUGGUAUUAAGUCAUAAACUGACCUUAGCGCAAGUAUAUUCCUUAGUUGGAAUUUGUUCAUUGCCCAUAUUUUAUCUGGUUGGUGCACAUGCAGCUGUAUUUUGGGUACUUGGAGUCUCUUGGUUUUUAAUAACUCUUCAUGCUGCCUUUUAUAAUAUCGAUGCAAUACUGUGUCCAGGAGAGGCAGAACUCAAUGCAUUAGUUAUGCAAGAACUUUCUCACUCCGGUACAAAGUACAGUUUAUAUUUUUGUGACGAAAUUCGCACAGUUGAUUUUAUACUUGUGUGGGAUGAAUACAAUGGAGAAGCACAAACUAAUCGCAGUGUUGAACGUAGAAGGAUAUUUGAGAAAACUUUGGAAAAUCAAGGACUGGAAUUGGAGUACGAACAAGCGGAACCAAGCGGCUUACAUUUUAUAAAAAUUCACGCGCCCAAGGAAGUUUUGCGACGAUACGCCGAAAUAUUGAAGCUCAGACUGCCAAUGAAAGAACUGCCCGGUUGUCAAAUGCCUGAGACAAGUGGCAAUGUUAUUAUAAAAGAAGUCAAUACGUUUGUUCGACGAAUUAUGAGCAAAUAUUACGUUGACACGACAAUCUUUCCAACGAUGAAGCUCAACUUCACAGCGGUGUAUAGUAGAGACAAAGAGUACUUAUUCGACUUGGAUUCACCCAAUUUUUUCACAUCGGCAACACGCUCGCGUGUUGUGCAGUUUAUAUUAGACAGAACUAGAUUCACGGAAGCCAAGGAAGAUGAUUUUGCAUUCGGUGUCGAAAGAUUAAUAUCCGAACGCGCAUAUGUCGCAGCAUACCCGCUUCAUGAUGGAAACCUACAUACUGCAGGCUCAAUGCGAUAUCUUUUAUACACUGAGUGGGCCAGUUUGAGGAAAUGCCUUCAUUAUCAGCCGUUGGAUUAUAUUAAAGAGUAUUUUGGAGUGAAGAUCGGACUUUAUUUUGCCUGGCUGGGAUUCUACACUCAUAUGCUGAUCCCAGCCAGUAUCGUCGGUCUUCUAUGUUUCAUAUAUAGUUGCGCUACUUUGUAUUACAAUGAUCUAAGUGAAGAUAUUUGUAAUGGCAACAAUACUAUCAAAAUGUGUCCGUUAUGUGAUCAUUUUUGUGGAUAUUGGAAUCUCAAUGAGACAUGUUUACACUCAAGAAUUACAUAUUUGUUUGACAAUUCCUCAACGGUGGCAUUCUCUGUAUUUAUGUCAUUAUGGGCUACAUUGUUCCUUGAAUUAUGGAAGAAAUAUUCAGCCGAGAUAACUCACAGGUGGGAUUUGACUGGUUUAGAUGCUCAAGAAGAAUAUCCUAGGCCACAGUACUUAGCAAGGCUUGCACAUAUUAAAAAGAAGUCUGUUAAUAUCAUUACAAACACGGAAGAGCCAAAAGUACCAUACUGGAAGAUGAAAUUGCCUGCCACGAUUUUCAGCUUCUCAGUUGUUUUGCUUCUGAUAACUGUAGCCAUGGCUGCUGUACUCGGAGUGGUUCUGUACAGAAUGUCUGUGCUAACUGUAUUAAGUUUUUAUGGGCAUCCAAUGGUAAACAGCUAUGCUAUAUUAUUCACUACUGCAACUGCAGCGAGCAUUAAUCUCUGUUGUAUCGUUUUGUUCAAUUGGCUCUAUGUUUGGCUGGCGGAAUAUUUGACAGAGAUUGAACUACUUCGCACUCAAACUGAGUUUGACGACAGCUUAACUCUAAAAAUUUACCUAUUGGAAUUUGUAAAUUACUACGCUUCCAUAUUUUACAUAGCAUUUUUCAAGGGAAAAUUUAUUGGCUAUCCAGGAAAUUAUAAUCGGUUCUUCAACUUUCGGCAAGAGGAAUGUGGACCAGGUGGUUGCCUUUUGGAACUAUGUAUUCAGCUCAGCAUUAUCAUGAUUGGCAAGCAAGCCAUGAAUACUAUUUUGGAAAUGCUCUUUCCAUUGUUUUACAAAUGGAUGAACACUUUGAAAGUUCACGUGGGCGCAAAAAAGUUACAACAAGAUGAUAAUAACAGAUAUUCAUCUAGAAAAUAUUUACAAUGGGUUAGAGAUUACAAAUUAGUUCAGUGGGGACCUAGAAGUCUUUUUCCCGAAUACUUAGAAAUGGUGCUGCAAUACGGAUUUGUCACGAUCUUUGUGGCUGCUUUCCCACUGGCGCCAUUCUUUGCAUUACUGAAUAACAUUUUCGAGAUGAGAUUGGAUGCAAAGAAGUUGGUGACUAUGUACAGGCGACCAGUUGGACAGCGGGUCAGAAACAUAGGCAUAUGGUACCGCAUACUCGAUUCCAUUUCUAAAUUAUCCGUUAUUACCAAUGCAUUCAUCAUAGCUUUUACUUCGAACUUUAUACCGAAACUAGUUUAUCGCAUAACAAUUUCUGAUAAUCACUCGCUUGAAGGUUUUUUGGACCAUUCUCUAUCAAAAUUCAAUACUAGUGAUCUGACAAAUGGUCCUCAGCCAGUAAUAAAUCAGUCAAUCUCGGUCGAGAUUUGUCGUUAUCCGGAUUACAGAGAACCACCCGAAUCGCCUUACAAGUAUGAUUACACCAUCAUGUUCUGGCAUGUACUAGCAGCUAGAUUAGCUUUUAUCGUCGUAUUCGAGAAUUUUGUGACACUUGUAAUGAUCCUCGUACGAUGGUGCAUUCCUGACAUGAGUCCUAAACUACGCGACAGGAUACGUCGCGAAGCAUACAUCACUAAUGAAAUUAUUAUACAUCAAGAAGCACUGCGAGCGGCUUGCGAAAGAUCUGAGACUAAUGGUGGUGUCGAAUCGCAAAUUGCGCAAACAUACGUAGUCGCCAACGAAAGUGCGGAUAGAUGGAACAGAGUAAUGAGAAAUUCUCUCUCGACUUCUGAUUUUGAUUUGGAGGUCCAUGGAAGUCCUCUGUCGCCCGUUAAUACAGCUCCGCGUAUUAGCCCUGCUGCGUUAUAAUAAAUACUAAAAAAAUUCGUCAAAUUGGCGUGAUUCGCGAGUAGCAUAGUUUUUUUGAACAUUAUUAGGUUGGUGCAUAAGGUUUAUCGUUUUUGUCAAAUGCUGAGAAUUAAAAACAAAUUAUGUAUUGCUCAAUUUUUAUAAUUAAUUUUUAUUAAUUAAAAUAGUCACUAUUAAUUUUAAUAUUCUUUCUACCUCGAUAGAAGAAGUAAGAUUUUUGUUAUUUAUUAAAAAAGUAUAUUAAAAAAAGGAAGUAGUGGAAAUACGACAAUCUGCUUGCACCAAUUUAAUAACAAUGUGAUUUUUCGCUAGUCGGAAUAUAAAUUCGCUUGAGAUCUGACGAAAAAAGAUAUUUUUGAAAGAAUAUAUAUUGAAUGGAGAGAUAAAGCUGAAAGUAAUCUAAUUACCUCUAUUCGUCUAACAUGUAGAUGCCAUAUAAAAUGUUAUACGCUAUAUUUUUAUGGUGGAUGAGAAUCUCUAUAAAUUUUAUAAACUACGUUAGAAAAUUGCAAAUUGAAUAGAGAUGUUAGAGAAUUAAUUAUGUGUUGC